CGAAGGCCGCUGGAACCCAAACACACACACACUCACAACAUUCAUGUUGGCUCUUAGACGAGUAUUUAUCGUAGUUUACACUAACCAAAUGCGCGUUCGCAUUAAAAUAACAUCAAUUAGGCCUAAUUGACUAACGCUACGGGUACCGAAAAGUACCAAAAUCGGUUAUUUAUCGGUUCGUUAGUCCUGUGGGAACGGUUCGGGUUGUCUGGGUGGCAUGGUUCUCUCGUAGCAGGUGCCCGAAGGUGCAUGUGGUUUGUCAGUUAGUUCAUAGUGCAGUAAUUAUUUGUUUUAAUAUUCGUAAGGCGUUCGAUUGCAUCGUCCGUUAGCUAUCCAUUCGACUGCUCCAAAUCAACUAUAUAGAGACUUUUUUACUUCCUCACUUCCUCAGUAAGUCCUCCUAGCACACCCUGCUCCAGAUACACUCCCUAUGGAUGCCCUCGAUGCUCAUCAACCAUGCGACGGUCUGGAAUUCAUCGUGGAGCAUCCAGAAUACGUGGUAAAACUAGCGACAGCUCUCAAUGCAAUCGGCCCCACAGCAACUCGAGUGAAAAAACAGAUGUUCGAACUUCUGGCGGCCCUCUGCUCCCAUAACGAAGUGGGUAGGAUAAGAACUCUGGAGACCCUGGAGUGCUACAAGAAACUGAGCCAGCAAAAGAGCCGCAUGGGAUCGGUGGUGCAUGAGCUGGAACACUCCCGUUCUCCCGAAUACCAACUGGCCCUGGUAGCUUUCAUUAACUGCCUAAUUAUCUCCACAGUGAAGUUGCCCGAUAGGAUUCAAAUCAGAAAUGAGUUUAUCGAGUGCCAUCUGUUGGAGGUGCUAACGAAAAUCCGGAAAUCUGGUCCAGAUUAUGACCUUUUAACCCAAAUAGAGGUGUUCGAUGAGCAGCUGAGGAGCGACAACGCAGAACAGGACCGAGAAGUGAAAAUGGAUUCGCCUCAGGACGUUUUUCAUGCCAUACUAAAGCAGGUGUCAAAUACUCCCCACUCAGUGCCAUUCCUCCACAUCCUUCAACACUUACUCGCUAUCGACCCCAACGACCCCCUAAGCGAUUUAGUGUGGGAAAACGCGGAAAAACUCGUCCAAAGGGCCACAGAAAAGGAAGACUUCUCAAAACUGGUACGUGCCAACUCCCGAAGCCAGUUAAAAGUGAACUGCACCUGCUCCCGAAGACAAUCCUUGCUGCUUGGAGCUCUUUCACCUCCACCGCCACCCAUACCACCAGGAGGCCUCCCGCCGCCUCCUCCGCCGUUUCCUCACGUGAACGUCCCGCCCCCGCCUCCCCCUUUGGCACCGCACACCUCCGCCAUACCACCUCCGCCCCCGAUCAGUCAGGAGAUGCAAAAGGGGAUUUUAUCGCCAGCGGCCCCUCUGAAGAUCGAACGUCUACCGCAGCAAGAGAUUCCAGCACCCAAGUCCAAAAUGAAGACCGUCAAUUGGAAUAAGAUUCCGAGCAAUAAGGUGGUCGGUACCAACAACAUUUGGACCCAGGUGGCGAUGAGGCAUCAACACUCGCCCCUGGCCGACAUCGACUGGUCGGAGAUGGAAGGGCUGUUCUGUCAGCAGGGGCAACAGUCUCUGGUACUGGACUCCACCGACGAUGCUACCGGAUGUAACGAGAACCGCAACCUGAGAAGGACCAGGAAGGAACCCCAAGAGAUAACCCUGCUAGACGGUAAACGCAGUUUAAACGUCAAUAUUUUUCUCAAGCAAUUUAGAAGUUCCAACGAUGACAUAAUCCGCCUGAUUUCACACGGGGAACACCACAGGAUCGGCAUCGAAAAACUGAAGGGCCUGCUGAAGAUCCUGCCGGAAGUGGACGAGCUCGACAUGCUUAAAUCAUUCGACGGGGAUGUCAGCAAGUUAGGAAACGCCGAAAAGUUCCUGAUACACUUGACCAGCUUAUCAAAUUACAAGCUGCGUAUCGAGAGCAUGCUCCUCAAGGAGGAGUUCGAGUCCAACAUGGCCUACGUCAAGCCGAGCAUUAAGGCCAUGAUCCUUGCGGCACAGGAACUCAUGACCAACAAGCCCCUGCAGGAGGUGCUCUAUAUGAUACUUGUGGCAGGGAAUUUUUUGAACGCAGGAGGUUACGCCGGAAAUGCCGCAGGAAUUAAACUGUCCUCCCUGCAAAAAAUUAUGGAUAUCCGAGCCAACAGACCCAACAUGAACCUCAUCCACUUUGUGGCACAACAAGCCGAGAGGCGGGGCAACAUCCUGCUGUCCUUCACGGAUAACAUUGCCAUACUGGAAGAGGCAGCCAAAACCACGGUGGAGCAACUGAAAAACGAAAUCUACGCCCUGGAGGAGCGCAUCCAGAAAAUCGAGAAGCAAAUCGACCUGCCCACCACCGAAAUCCAGAUCAAGGAGCAAAUGACCGAGUUCCUUCUGAUCGCAGGCAAUGACGUGUCGAACCUGCAAACCGAACUGAAGAAGUUGGACACGGUGCGUCAACAGUUGGCGGAGUUCUUCUGCGAGGACCUCGCCUCCUUCAAGAUCGAGGAGUGCUUCAGGAUCUUCCACGCGUUCACUUGUAAAUUCAAACAGGCUGUGAUAGAGAACGAGCGCAGGAAGCACCAGGAGGAGCAAGCAAACGCGCGCAAAAGACAAAGAGAGGAACUGCUUGCCGCUAAAAGAAGACAAAUGGGAAACCUCAACACGGACGAGGGCGUCAUCGAAAUGCAAAUCUACGACUCCAACGGCAACAGCUUCAGAAAGGGCUUCAAGACAUCUGCGGACAGUAACACUUCCGAAGAAGAAUUCUUCGCCACCUCACCUCUUCUGCCCAGGCAUCGCCUCAGCUCUUUUAACGGCUGCGGAGUGGACACCGAAAGGGACCAAAUGUCCCCUGACUCAUCUCCGAACGGAAGUCUACGUAGAAGACGUAGCAAAGGCAUGAUAGACAAUCAAGGGAACCUGAUGGACUUCCUGCGGCACUCCAGUGACGUGAGCAACAGGGAGCGUAAGUCUUGGGGAAGCCUCGAUCGGUCCUGGGCAAGGAAAGCCAAAGGGGCUGGCCCGAAAAAGCGCCCCGGUCUGUUCACAGCUGACUUCCUGUUUGAGCGUGACCGAACCGCCACCCCCUCCCCCGUGGUUGAAGUGAAAGGUUCAAUUUCGGCUCCUGAAGAAGAAUUGAUGAGGGUGCCGAAACCGGUCGGUAAUAAAGUGGAAACUGCUCCACUGAAGGACAAGUCCGCUUGGCGUAAGUCGACCCUGAACGUGCCGAACAGCUCAGAAGAGAUCCGAAGUAGCCACAGGAGGGAGAGUCACACCUCGCCGGAUAUCAACAUUCUGCAGCCGAUUAUGGAGACGAACGACCGUAAGGAGCUAAUAGGGUCUCUCGGUAAGGCUACGGACACUGAGAAGCUGACCUUGUACCUCAGGAAGCCACAGGAGGUCCAGCCGGCGAGGGCCUUGAAGGCCUUUAGUCCUCCGCCUCCCUUACUGAGUCCAGACUCCCCCACCACCACCAGGCCUAACCGAGAUGGUACCUUUAGCCACAACAAGAUCGAAAUCGAUCAGGACAAUGUGCAAACGCCACCGUUACCACGUAAGAUCUUCUCUCCCACUCCGACCGAGAAGAGGGAACCUCUGAAGCCCAGUCCGUGCAAGAGGGUGUUGAAUAAAGCUGAUAAUGUUGAUCCGGAUCAGGAGAUCCUUGGAGAUGGGCAGUUCAAUCGGUUUUCUCCUACCAGGCGUACGAGACGACAAGUACGUACCCAAGCUAUCAAGAAGCCUGUCGUGGAUCAGGAAGAGCUGAGUCUGGACAUCAAGUCACCCGAGAUCGACUUAAAAGACUUCUUGUCACCUGUGUGUAUUAAGGUUGAACCAGAAAGCAACGUCACCGCUAUCAACAAUGAAAACCAAAAAAUCCCCAACGGAAAAACCUCAAAAACCCCAACGAAACCGGAACGGAACGGCUCCGCGGUCAGACCGAACCGACUCAGCUUGCCCCUGUCCACCAGGAAAGACCAACACGUGGACUCCGGUGUGACCAGGUCCAGUUUACUGGCACGCACCAGUUCUAUUACCACAGAUAAGAAGCCACAACCAUCCAGCCGGGUGGCCCUGAAGCGAAACUCUUCUUUGAGCAACUCAAAGACAAAACUGGCGCCCUCUACCAGCUCAGAGAACUUUAACUCGAUAAAACGAAACUCUUCCGUAUCCGCUCCUAAACCUUCUGCCCCUAGGUCCCAAGGGUUUAUGAAACCGACCACCUCCAGCACCACAAAGUCCAGUACCCCUUCUGUGAGGAGAAGUGUAUCUGUAAGGAGCAGGAAUUGAGGUCUCGAGAGAGGAAAAGUAAACUCAGAAAGAACGAGUUGUUCCUUCUGUUAUAAAAUUGGAGGAGUCUCAGAGGUGGCUCCCUCUGUAAGCUGAGGAGAAGCUUUUAGGUCUCAGGAUAUUUGUGAAACCAAAUGGUGCAAUAAACGAUUAAGUUACCACUAAAGCCCUUUAACAAAUUUACUAAUAUUUUUUUUUAUUAUUAUUAUUUUUUUUCUAAUUUUAUUAAUUUAUUUUAUGUAUGUUAUUUUUGUAUUUAUUAUUUUAUUUAAUACUAAAUGUGCUAUAAUGAAAGUGGAUAAAUAAAUGCAUGUUUUUUUUUUAA